CCGACUGGCAUCAACAGACAGACUGCGUAUCUACGGCUGGAAAAUACGUCUCUCAAUAAUACAAUGUCUCAGAAAAGAACACUAGAUAGCUUCUUCCAACCGCAAUCGAAGCGUAAAAAGGAUGAAAGCGAUGCUGCUGCUAAGCCCAUCAAGACUACGCAGCAUAACGAUUACCCAUUCCCAAUUCCGUAUUUUUCAGAAUCACUUGUUCAAGACAUAUCAGAGUGUCCUCGAAAAGCAGGUAAACCUAUGAACAACGAACCGGAUUUGGACCUGCUAUACUUCCAACCAUUUACGACAGCUUCACUAGCCAAAGCACUCUUCACCUUUCUGCGAGCCGAGUUACCGUUUUACCGCGUUGAAUAUAACAUAAAGAGAGCCGGUAUCGAUACACAUAUAAUAACUCCAAGGUGGACGACGGUCUUUGGCCUCGACGAUACCUGUCGAUUUGAUGACGAGGGGUUGCCAGUCGAUGCUACCACUGGCGUCAGAGUGGAUGAUAAGAGGUAUAAAAAGUACCAUCCGAGACCAAUACCGGACUGCCUGGCUUCGCUGCAACGGCGUACUGAAGAUGCGACUGGAUGCAAGUUCAACUUUUGCCUAGUCAACUACUACGCGUCAGGUACGGAUAGUAUAUCGUAUCAUAGCGAUGACGAGCGAUUCCUCGGACAAGACCCCGCUAUUGCUUCAUUUUCUUUGGGGGCUCAACGCGACUUCUUGCUCAAACAUAAACCGCAAACAUCGCUCACGGAUGGCCCACCAGCAAAGACGCUUAAGCUACCUCUUGGAAGUGGCGACAUGAUUCUCAUGAAGGGCAAGACUCAAUCCAAUUGGUUACAUUCAAUCCCAAAACGGACUGGGAAGAAUGUAGAAGAUGGUGGGAGAAUAAAUAUUACCUUCCGAAAAGCAAUCACCAGGGAGGGUACCGAAAACUACUACAAUUACAACGUCGGCGUCGGCACCGUGUACAAGUGGGAUAGUAUAGCACGGGAGAUGAAGCCAUGGAAGCGAGGGAAUGAGAACGCCUAAAUUGAAAGUAUGCAACGAAACUAAGUAGACUAUUGUCUCGAGAAGCCAGCCCGAGAUGAUUAUUUACCGCGGCGGAAUUGAGCAGCGGAAUAGUUGUGCAGCGCUCGCAAGAACACUUGGUAGCCAAAGGCCUCGUUGUCCUUGAGGCAGAAGAUUUCGGUCAAGCGAAUCUGCCAUGGAGGAUAUCCAGAGAGCUCGACAUUUGGGCCGAAAAGAAUGAGCAGAUCGGGCUCGGGCAUAAUACCAUCAGACAGCUCUGUGUCGACGAGCUCAAUGGAAAUAUCACGGGGCGACAGGUUACCCUUCUGGGACAUGUCGGCCAUGGUUCGCGUAAGAUCGACAAUUGACUCGCGGCCGUCCUCCUCGGAAAUCAAGUGAAGCUUCAAAUGGCCAGCGGACCCCGAGUUUAGCGACUCCAAGGCGUACUCAUCCUUGUGAGGUGACUUGACAGAAAGAGUCGGGUGCUGGGGGCCAAAGUACAAGGCAAACUUUUGAAUAACAGCUUCGUAGACUUGGGGCGUGUGCUUCUUGAGGAUACCUAGAUUCUAGUUAGAAGCCGUAAAGAAAUUGGGCACAAUCUAUUUGUUGACGAUGUCUUACCAGUCUUCUCGUAAAUGGAAAGGAUAGGGAUUCCGGCACAUGCGGUCCAAGUGGCAAGCUCGGCAGCCUCAUCAAUCAGACGAUCCAAAUCCGCCUUGGGUCUCUUAUCUACCUCUGCUCGGAGAAUGGCGCUCAGAUGUUUGGGCAUCUUCGGAAGACCCUCAAUGUCGCGGCGGAUAUAUUCUGGAGUGCCAUGGUGGUAGUACAUGAUGGAGCAAAUCUGAUAGCGGACCACGUUCCAUGCUUGACGAAUUCGAAUGUAUAACGAAAAGAAGCUGGUCAUGAGACCAAAGACAAACACAUAGAUAAUGGUCUUGAACAGCUUUCGGACGCCGAGGUGUGAUUUGGGUUGGUUCUUAGUCUUCGCAGCGGGUGGCGGAUCGUUGACAGGUGGCAGAUGGUUCUGCGAAGCUGUUAGCAAUGGUGGGAGCGGAAUGGGUUUGCUUUACACACUUUGAUAAGACGGGUUCGUUCCUGCUCGCUGAGCAGUGUAUGGCUCUUCUUCUCAUCCGCGCGAUACGCCUCGCGGGCGCGAACUGUUAUUGGCAUUUUGGCUGCAGUCCGAGGGGUGCGUGAUGACGUUGGUGAAGGCGAGUAGUGGUGGUCGAUAUGAAAAGGGGUUUAAAGAGAGGCUGAGAAAAGAGUGGAAAGACGAAAAGAAGAUGAAUCAGUCGGUAAUGGAAUUGAUAUGGCCAGCCGAUCCGUCUCCAAUGAGUCGAAAGGAGAAGAGAAAAAAAAGAAGGACGCGCGGGCUGAAUGAAGGAAGCUUCGCUCCGUGAUGCGUUGGUCUU